AUGCUGGACGAUGUCGCGGCUCUUCUCCAUCUGCCGAUUGUGGAUGCAUUACAUGACUUCCAGCCUCUACGCACCGACGAGGCGGUGCUGCUCUUGGUUGAGUUAUUUAUGGUCUCACCAGAGGUGGCCAUGGCCAAGACAGGCCAAUGUGACGGACCAUACGUGUGCCUGCAGUGGCUGCGAGACAUAUACCAGUGCAGAUGUCAGACGCGGCACUGGACAGCUGCCGCUCGUGCUUAUCUUUUGCAUCUUUUGAGUUGCACUCUCUUUGCUAAUAAGAGUACAACCUAUGUUCAUGUUCUUAAUGAUGCCAGUCUCAACACCAACCGACAGCUUGUUGGUUACAUCACCUUGUUACAGUGUUGGAUAUACAAGCACUUUCUGUCAGUUGUGGAGUGCAAUGCUGAUCCAGACUACGACGAGGUGUCACCACGUGCGUGUCGGUGGAUUGCGACAAAGAAGACUAUGAAGAAGGUGUCCACAGCGAUGUACAGGCAGUGCCUGGAUCGUCUGCAGAUCCCACAUGUCCGCUGGGGGCCUAUUGUUGUCAAAUACAGACUGAAGAGGGUUAUGCGCCAGUUUGGCUACAUCCAGUGCAUUCCUGCACACCCUGUCCAUCCAUGGGUGUCAUAUGAUGACGUAGACGAUACGUGGACACACUACUCAGACCAUUUGGCGACAGCAGAUGAUCCAUGUGUUGUGCCAGGUCCAGAGUCAGAUAUCCCUCAGGUCUCGGAUGAUCCAGUCAGGUCUGAUGUCGACGAGCCCAGACAUGCAGUGGAGGCUUGCGAUGCGAUCGCCGAGAGAUUGGAGCGUCACCUUAGCCUUGGGGUAGUCACGUCAGGCACAUCGACAUAUGAGGUCAUCAAAGAAUGCCUCAAGAUUGCCAGGAGUGUCACUCAGGAUCACAUUGUGUACGUGAGGUCUCGACAUAGGCAUCGCAUGGAUCAGCCGUAG